CAAUCUUGUAAUUUUAGCGUUAAUUUAGUUUUCAAUUUAUAUUAAAAAAAAAUAAGAUGCCACCAAUUCCUAAAACUGUUGAAAAGACUGGGAAAAAAGAGAAGAAGGACGCAAUAAUUACUCAAAAUGAGAUGAGCGAGGAAGAUAAAUUAAUAAAAGAAGAAAUUGAACUUCUUAUAGAACGAUUAAAUGAGACGGAUGAAAAGUUAUAUAAACCAGCAUUAGAACUUUUAAGAACAAUGAUUAGAACAUCUACAACAUCAAUGACAUCUGUACCUAAGCCUCUAAAAUUUUUAAGACCUUUUUUUGGUCAACUUAAAACCAUAUAUGAAAAGAUUCAAGAUAAACAUACUAAAAAAUUUUGCUCAGAUAUAAUAUCUGUAUUGUCCAUGACUUUUGCAACUGAGAAUCAGGAUUGCCUUAAUUAUAGAUUAUCAGGAUCAGAAGAAGAAAUUGGAUCAUGGGGGCAUGAAUAUGUCAAGCAUUUGUCUGCAGAGCUCAGAAAUGUUUGGGUGGAUGUCAUGGAAACUGAGAAUGCAGAAAAUGAUGAAAUGAAAAUUAAAUUAAAAAUUUUAGUUAAAGAUAUCUUAAGUUUUAGCAUGAAGCAUAAUUGUGAAACAGAAGCAUGUGACUUACUUAUGGACAUUGAAUGUUUGGAUAUGCUUAAGGAUUAUGUUGACAAUGAAAAUUAUCAAAGAGUAGCUUUAUAUUUGAUUAGUUGUAUUAAUUAUGUGCCUGAACCUGACAACACAAAUUUAUUGAAAACAGCAAUGGAAAUUUAUAAAAUAUUUGAUAAACCUGUGGAAGCAAUGACAUUGGCCAUACAGAUGAACAAUCCUGACAUUAUCAAAAAACAAUUUGAUAGCUGUGAAGACAUUGCCAUUAAGAAACAAAUGGCUUUCAUAUUAGCCAGACACAAUAUAAACUUUUUGGAACUGAAUGAAACUGAAUCAGAAGAUGGUCAAAAUAAUUCUCACGUUCAAGAGAUAACAGAAAUUUUAUCCAAUUCACAGUUAAAUACCCAUUUUAUGUCAUUGGCCCGUGAACUGGAUAUCAUGGAACCAAAGGUGCCAGAGGACAUUUACAAAUCACAUCUAGAUCCUAUAAGACCUACCUUUGGACCUAGUGGAACUAGCGGAUUGGUAGUAGAUUCAGCCCGCCAAAACUUAGCCUCCUCCUUCGUUAACGGGUUUGUUAAUGCUGGAUUUGGUCGGGACAAGCUCAUCACCAUUGAUGGUGGCAACAAGUGGAUCUACAAAAAUAAGGACCAUGCUAUGAUGAGUGCGACAGCUUCUUUAGGCUUGAUAUACUUAUGGGAUGUUGACAUAGGAUUAGCUCAAAUAGAUAAAUAUCUGUAUCCCUCUGAAGAGUACAUCAAAGCGGGAGCUUUGUUGGCAUGUGGGAUAGUUAACACUGGUGUCAAAAAUGAUUGUGAUCCCGCGCUUGCUCUUCUGUCCGACUACGUUACAAACGAAAGUUCUAUUUUAAGGAUAGCCUCUUUCAUUGGAUUGGGACUUGCUUAUGCUGGAUCUAAGCGUGCAGACGUUUUAAGCUUGUUGAUAGACGGACUUAAAGAUCCUAAAUCAAGCAUGGAGGUCAUAGGUAUAGCGGCUCUUUCUUGCGGCCUCAUAACGAUAGGUACCCAGUCGCCGGAUCUAACCACUGCCAUUUUCGGUGUUUUACUUGAACGCAGUGAAACUGAGCUGAGAAGCAAUCUUCAAGCUUGCAGAUUCAUAGCACUGGCUUUGGCUUUGACUAAUUUGGGUAAACAAGACAGCGUGGAAGUAGUGUUCGCGGGUCUUCAAGCUGUCGUAGAACCCAUUAGGAGUAUGACAAAGACUUUAGUCGAGGCCUGUGCCUACGCAGGAACUGGUAACGUUUUAAAGGUCCAGGAAUUUUUGCAUAUAUGCAGUGAACAUUACGAAAGCGAUUCGAAAAAAAGCUCUGACACUGCUAACACCUCAUCGACUAGCAAGAAGGAAUCGAGCGCCGAUAAACUAGCCAAAAAUCUGAGCUCUCUUCUUUCUUCCUCUACUUCCUCGCCUAAUCCCGCUAAAUUAACUACUCCCUCGAGCGCUGGUGGAAAAUCUUCCAAGAAGAGCAGCGCUAAAUCUAGUACCAAGCCUCCCAUUGCCAGCGUUUCUUCUACGAAAAUCGAAAAAAGUAGUGAAAAGACUGAAGAGAAAAACGAACUUGGCCAAACAACUUCUACUGCAGGAGAAAGCAGCUCGAAGAUAGUGGAAAACGAAGUUAAAGCCAUGGAUGAGGAUGCCAUAGAAAUGGAAGGAGUAAUUAAAGAAGAAGCCAUUAUUGAUGAUACGAAAGAUAGAAAAGGGGUUACCAAAGAUGCCGACCCAAAGAUUGACGUUUAUGAAGACCUUUCUUCCCAGCAAAGUUUGGCUGUCAUUGGCAUAGCCUUAAUCGCUAUGGGAGAAGACAUAGGCGCUAACAUGAGCUUUCGCACGUUCGGACACUUGAUGAGAUAUGGUGAGCCUGUUAUAAGAAGAGCUGUGCCUUUGGCCCUGGCCUUGAUAUCUGUUUCGAACCCUUCUAAUCUGAACAUAGUCGACACCCUCAGCAAAUUUUCCCACGAUACCGAUGCGGAAGUGGCACAAAACUCUAUUUUUGCCAUGGGAAUAGUCGGAGCAGGCACAAACAACGCCCGCCUAGCUGCGAUGCUCCGACAGUUAGCCCAAUUUUACUCCAAGGAUUCGCACAGUAACCUACUUUUCGCGGUUAGAAUAGCCCAAGCGCUCAUACAUGCUGGAAAGGGAACCCUCACCCUAUCGCCUUUCCACUGCGAUAGGCUUUUGGCUAGACCGGUGAGUUUAGCCGGUUUGCUCAUAGUUCUUGUCUCUUUUCUGGAUGCCAAAAAUACUAUUCUAGGUAAAGGUCAUUAUCUGUUGUACUAUUUGACCGUGGCUUUGAGGCCAAGAUUUUUGAUAACUUUCGAUCCCAGCUUAAAUCCUAUAUCAGUCUCCGUCAGAGUUGGACAGGCAGUUGACGUAGUUGGGCAAGCUGGGAAACCGAAAACAAUUACCGGUUUUCAAACUUACACAAGUCCAGUUUUGCUCGGAUAUGGUGAAAGAGCCGAAUUGGCUACGGAAGAAUACCUUAGUCUUUCCCCGCAUCUUGAAGGUUUUGUUAUCCUCAAGAAAAAUCCUAAUUACAUGGAUUGAAAACCAAUAUUUUAUGUAAUAUUUAAUGUUUUUUUUUCUCGUUUUUCUUAUAUUAUAAAUUUUAUAUAAAAAAAAUUGUAUCGAAUCCUAUAUAUUUCCUUUAAUACAUAUAUUUUAUAAAUAUUAUCUCUCGCGUCCUUUAUAAUAUGCUUAUAUUGAAAU